CGUCGACUUGCCGCUGCCGCAUCGCACCGCAUCGCAAGAACGGUGCAUUUUGAUGUAUAAACAUAUGCAACGUAUGCGUGCAUGUGUGAGAGCAACAUUGCAAUAACUACAACAAGAGAACAACUGAGGAGAGAAAAUAUCACUUGCAACAAAGGAAACAUCGAAACGCAAACACCAAGCAUUCACGCACACACACACACACACACACACACACAGAUCCCACAGCACUGUCCAGGCACUUGGGAAGUAAAAGUCGGAUCACGGUUACACGGCGGCAACGGUUCUCUCUCUCUCUCUCUCUCUCUCUCUCUCGCUUGAGAUCAAUUGCAUGGAAUUGGAAGAUUAAGGAGGAGCAAAAGAGGAGAGAGGAGGAUCACACCACAACGAAUGUAUACACACACACACACAGAAACACAGAGCUAUACGUCAACAUCCUAUAUCUAGUCUACGAUAUUGUCAAACAAAAUAUAACGUUUAACUGUAGUUUGUAAGCCGCUUGAUGAAUAUUGGUCAGGAGAAGCAACCGCACUUGCAUCCGCAUCCGCAGCAGCAACAACAGCAGCAGCAGCAUUCACAUCCGCAGGCUAAACAACUACAACAUCUACAGGCCAACAACAAUCGCCUGCAGGACUUAGCGAGUCCACCGCCGCCUGGUUCGGCCAGUGCCAGUCCAUCGUCGGGGGCCAUCCCCAUCGACUAUCCGUAUCUGCUCGGCUAUCGCCUGCCGCUGAACCACGGCCAUGAGAGACAUCCCACGCACCACCUGCAGCACCACCACCACCACCAACAACAGCAGCAGCAGCAGCAGCAGCAGCAGCAACAUCAUCAUCACCAUCACCUCCACCAGCAUCCAUCGAUUGGCAACCUUAGGCGCUCCAGCUCCAGCUCCCCAGUGCCCGUGCCCGUGCCCGUUCCGAUGGUGAUGACACCCAGUCGCCGCAGUUCGCCGCCACUGCCGCUACCACUGACAUUGCCGCUGCGCCAUCCCCUGAACCUCAAUCACAGCCACAACCACAACCACAACCACAAUCACAAUCACAAUUCCCAUACCAAUGCGAAUGUGGGGAGCAGUCAUCAGUCUAUGAGCGCCCACUUCUCGUCGCUGGCCCACGCCCAGCUGCAUCUGCAGAGCCAGCUGCACCAGAAGCUCUCGGCGGCCAGCUACUUCCGCAAUUCCUCGCCCUCGCCCUCAACGGACAACAACAACACCACCAAUACCAACAGCAGCAGCAGCAGCAGCAGUCGGAAUCACGCUGCCUGCUCCACGGCCCCAGCCUCGACGGCCGUGUCCCCGCCCGCCACGAGCAUGAGCACCGCCCAAAUGAAUCCGCUGAGCGAUCUGCAGAAUAUGCAGCCCUUCGACUUCCGAAAGAUCAGCUCCGCCAGCCUGGGGGCCUUCUCCACACCACUGCCGCCCAGCCCCACCGAGUUUGUGCACCACCAUCAGCAGCAUUUGCAGCAGCAGGCGGUGCAGCAGGCCGCCGUUUUGGCCCAGGCACGCCGUCGGAUCAGCGAGGCCAGCACUCCGGGGGAGAAGAGUGCCGCCGUGGCGGCUGCUGCUGCAGCAGCGGCUGCGGCAGCCGCCCAAAGCAAUCAGUUUUUCAGCGCCAUGGCCAUGGCGGGGCACCCGUUGCCGUAUCACCUGCCGCCGCCUCCACCACCGCCGCCCCCACCGCAGCAGUCGUCGCAGUCCUCGUCGUCCACGCAAUCGCAGGGCAAUCAGACGUCGGGCGAUCGCUCCGAGAUGGGUCAUGGCCACGGACACAGUCACAGUCACGGACAUGGCCACGGACACGGACACAGUCACAGUCACGGCAAUCAUUCGCCCAGUCACAAUCACAAUCACAGUCACCAGUAUCAGCAUCCGCAUCAACAUCCCCAGCAGCAUCAGCACCCACAUCCGCAUCCGCAUCAGCAGCAUUCGCAUUCGCAUUCGCACCACCAAAAAUCAUCCACUGGAGGGGGAGGAGACGAGUCCUCGGGCAAGUCAUCGCGUCACUUGGAUAAGGGAAGCAACAGCUGCUCCUCCUCCACAGCGUCAGGAUCGGGCUCUGGCUCAGGCUCGGGCUCGGGCGGCUCCGGUGGCUCCGGUGGCUCCGGUGGCUCGGGCUCCCAGCGCAUGACCCGCCUGGCUCUGUCCUCCAACCUACGCUCUGGCCGCAAGACGCACUCGCCCGGCGGUGCCGGUGGCGGUGGCGGCGGUGGUGGCGGGGGAGGGGGCGGCAGCAAGCGCCAGUGGGGCUCAAUGCCCGCGAAUUUGGGGACGCAGUUCAUCAAUCCGGUGACCGGCAAGAAGCGGGUGCAGUGCAACGUCUGCCUGAAGACCUUCUGCGACAAGGGCGCCCUGAAGAUUCACUUCUCGGCGGUGCAUCUGCGGGAGAUGCACAAGUGCACCGUCGACGGCUGCAGCAUGAUGUUCAGUUCGCGCAGGUCCCGCAAUCGGCACAGCGCCAAUCCCAAUCCGAAGCUCCAUUCGCCGCAUCUGCGACGAAAGAUCUCGCCGCACGAUGGACGCUCCGCCCAGCCGCAUCCGCUGCUGCUGCAGGCGCCCAACGGCAUUAUGGCCGGGCUGGCGCCCUUCGGCAGCUUCCCCCUGCUGACACCGCCCCCCGAUCUGCGCCACCAUCCGGCAAUGGGCGGGGGCUCGGCGUUGGACCUGAAGCACGGGCAGGAGUAUCUGCAGCGGUCGUACAUGGAGAACGGGGGCAUGCUCGUGGGCGGACGCUUCGAUGGGCAGGGGCCCAGGCGCAAGGCGCUGGAGGUGGAGGCCGACGAGGACGAGGAUGAUGACGAGAUACUCGAGGUGGGCAUCCACAUGCCCGACGACGAUGACGACGACGACGAUGGGGACGCAGAUGGCGAUGGCGAUGGCGAGGACGAUGACGAUGAUCCCGAUGGCGAUGGCAUUGUGGUGGUGGGCGACGAGCUGGACAGCAUACCGGACCGGGCCGGCCAUGGCCACGAUCGGGACUUUAUGCUGGACCAGGAGCAGGACCAGGACGAUGCGAGCGUCUCCAGCCACAGUCACAGCCACAGCCACAGUCAAACCAAAGAGCAGCCCAGCCCGGGCAAAGCGACGGCAGACGGUCUGGAGGCCAUGGACGAGCAGCAUGAUGACUCGCCCAGCCAUGGCCAUGGCCAGAUCUCGGCCAGCAAGCGAAAGCGCAAGAGCCAGAAUCCAGUGCGCUGCACGGUGCAGUCGGACGAGAAUUCCUGUGAGAACUCCCUCGACUAUGACGUGGCCGCCGAUCUCUCCAUCAAGAAGAUUCGACUGGGUGCUGCAGCGCAGGGCGCAGAGGUGGCAGGAGCAGCGGGAGCGGGCGCCACAGCAGCAGCGGGUGGGGGGGAGGAGCAUGCUUCAUCAGCCAAAGAAACGGAAAUGGGACUCAGCAGCUCCAGCUCGAGCAGCGAGUCCACCAAGGCCAUUCCCUCGCCACCGCUCACGCCCUACACAACGCCAGGGGAUGGCAGGCCGCCGGUCAGCAUCAAGACGGAGCUGCCGGACGAAACGGAGGCGGAAAAGGAUGCGGCCUGCACCACGCUGGACCUCUCGCGGGCUUCGGCGGGCACUGGAACUGGCCCAGGGAUUGGGAUCAUCAAGCAGGAGCCCCUGGAGGAGCUGGCCCUCGGCUAUGAUAACGAUGAGAAUCGCUAUUUGCGCAUCAAGCAGGAGCUACUCGGCACCGACGAGAUGCAGGACUGCACCGGCAGGAUCCACAACAAUAACAACAACAACAACACACCACCUGGUGGGGAUUUGCUCAAGACGCUGGCCAAUGGCGAGGAGGAGGAAGAGGAGCAGACAGAACGCGAGACGGAACCAGAGCCAGAACCCGAACCGGAACCCCAACCAGGGCCCGAACCAGAGCCCGAACCAGAGCCUGAGCCCGAGGUGCCCAUUGACAAGGAGAAUCCACUGAAGUGCACCGCGUGUGGGGAGAUCUUUCAGAAUCACUUCCACCUGAAGACACACUACCAGAGCGUUCACCUGAAGCUCCACCACAAGUGCAACAUCGAUGGCUGCAAUGCGGCAUUCCCCUCGAAGCGCAGCCGCGACCGUCACAGCUCCAACCUCAAUCUGCACCGGAAGCUGCUCUCGACAAGCGAUGAUCACGGCCACCUGCCCGGCACCUGCACCAGCAGCGCUGGCGGCAACGAUCCCCUGCUGGAUCUCAUGGGCCUCAAUGUGAAUCUCAACAACAACAAGGGCGGCUUCGGCGGCUGCCCGCCCGUGGGCGUGGUGCCCGGCAACAUCCAGGCGGAGAUCCUGGCCCGCAUCUGCGCGGGUGCCCAUGCCCAUGGGCUGAGUGUGCCCCUCUGCAUUGAGGCACUGCAGCAUCGCUUCGCGGUGAGUCAUGGCCACGGCCAUGGGCAGUCGCCGACGACAUUCGGGGAUGGCGGUGGCAAUGCCAAUGCCUUCAUGGGUAGCGGCGAUCCGCGGCUGCUGCUCAAUCAUGGCGGUAAUCCGCUGCUGUUCGCCGGCUUGCCGCGCCUGCCACGCUUCCCCCAGCUGGCGCCGCACAUGCUGGCCGCCGGUGCUGCUGCUGCCGGUGGACUGGGGCCAUUCUGCAGACGCACCUCCUCCGACUCGAAUUCGCAGCACUCGAUCACGCCGCCCGUGUCGAAGAGCUCGCCACUGUCCCACUCCCAGUCCCAGUCCCAGUCCCAGUAUUUGCGGCCACGAUCCCGUUCGGUAACGCCGGACUAUGACAUGCAACAGCAGCAGCAGCAGCAGCCUGCGGCGGCAUCAACUGCCGCGGAGGAGCAGGAGGCGGGCCCAAGGCAGAGUCCCGAUCGCAUAUCAUGACCAUGUACCUCGUACUAUGCCAAGGCAUUGGCAUUUUAUCACUAAAAAUCGAACGAUCAACGAGCAGUCGCCGCCCGCCGCCCGCCGCCUUGGCCGUGGCCGGUCCCAUGUCAUGCACACACACACACACACACACACCACAGAAUAUAUGUAUAUGUAUAUGUAUUCAUUCAUGCAAUAUCAGGCUAAAACGUAGGACUACAGCAUUGCUCAUAAUUCACAACGAUAAAUAGAGGAUAUAAAGAAGGAUGAACUGGAUGGGGGAUGCCGCCCGCUCAUCAUAAUAACAAAAAAAUAUAACAUUUUACUAGGCUAAUGGCUAAUAUAAAAU